AUGCAUAAAUGUUUCUUGUGUAAUUAUUUUAUUAAAUUAGUAAAGAGAAAAAAACGAAAAAAAGGAAGUAGACUACGUUUUAAAAAAAAUAUAGAUAUAGAAAGUAAUAGAUAUAUUUUUAGAAGGUUUGAUAAAAAAAGGAAUGAAGAUAACAAGAACAAAUAUAUACACAAAAAUGUUUUAACUUCAAGUAAUGAAUUUAAUAUAUUGAACAAUGAGAAUGAAAUGUUAUUAUUAUCAUCUAAUGGAUGUAGCAAUAUGAUAAAUUUAAAUAAUAGUAGUGGACAUCCUUGUAGUAGUGAUAAUAUUUCAAAGAAGUGUCCUUCUGAAAAUAUAAAUGUAAACGACCACAUAAUUAAUAAUAAUAUUAUAUAUUGUAAGAGAAUACAUAAUGAUAUAAGAGAAAUGGAAAAUAUUUAUAUUGAAGGUGAUGAUGAAUUAUAUGUACCAGUUGAUGUUUAUAAAAUAAAUAAAGAUUUAUGUGACAUACAAAAAGAUAUAAUUAAUGAAUAUAAUGUUAAGACCAAUUAUUUAAUAGAUAAUGAUUUCUGUCAUAUUUUAACAUUUUGUAAGCUAAAAAAAAUUAAACAAGAUCUUAUACAUCUCCUACAUUUUAUGUAUUUAUAUAUAUCAAUAAAUAAUAAGACUAGUAAGAAUAAUUUUCAUAUAAGUAAUUUAUUUAAAAGAUAUUUAAAGUUAUAUAUGAAAAAGAAUAUUAAAGCAAAAAAAAGGAUGAACCAUGAUAUGAUAGAUUAUAUAAAGGAUAUAUAUAAUAAAUAUAAUAAAUAUAAUUUAUAUAAUAUAUAUAAUAAAUAUAAUAUACAUAAUAAAUAUAAUUUAUAUAAUAUAUAUAAUUUAUACAAUUUGUGCUUUAUAAAAAAUAACAAUGGUGAUAAUUAUAUGUACCCUUUGAAAAAAAAAAACAAUUUCUUGAAUAAUAUUUCUAGAAUUCAAAAAUAUUUUCUUUUCUACAAAUCAUAUAAAAUGAUUAACAUCAUGUAUAAGAUACAUUUUUUGUGUUUUAGAAAUUUUUGUUUUAAUAUAAAUAGGAAAGAUUAUUUUUAUAAGAAUAUUCUUUAUCAGAUGAAAAAGAAGAAAUGUGCAUAUAUAUAUAGACAGAUACAACAGAUAUAUAUAGAUAUUAUUAAUAUAGUGAAGUUAAAAAGAGUUGAAAAGAAAUAUAUGAGAAAAAAGAGUUUGUUCACAAUAAAUUAUAGUAAUAUAACUAAUCAAAUGAGAUAUAAAAUAUUGAGAAAUAAAUAUAUAAAUAUAGUUAUAUGGUUAUCCAGAAUAUUUUUUAAAUAUCUACAGAAUGUUUUAUUAUGUAACAAAAAUAUGUUUAAAAGAUAUAUGUGUUAUAAAAAAUUAAAACAAAAAUAUUGUUCCUAUAAUUAUAAUAUUAAUAAGAAUGAUAUUAUUAUUGAAAAGAGACUUAUAAAAAACAUAUGUAGUAAUUAUUUUAAUUAUAUAAAAAAUAAAGAAAGUGUACUUUUUAAUAUGAAACAAGGAAGAUAUAAAAAUAAACCACAUAAGAAGAAUCAAGGGGAUCUCAUAAAUAUUAACAAUUUAAAUAAUGAGAAAACUCAAUUUUUUCAUGUUAAUAAUAUGGAUAAUUUAUAUAAAAAUAAAAUAAAUGAAAACAUAUUUAUAUUAGGUUCAAGACAAAGUAGAAAUAAACAAAAGGAUGAUAUAUGGAAAAAAAAAAUAAAUACAUAUAAGAGAAGAUAUAAAGGUAAAAGUAUUAAAUAUUUAUAUUGUAAACUUAAAAAUAAUCCUGAUACUAUGAACAUAAGAAAAAGUAAUAAAAUGAAGAGACCAUAUAAAUAUAAGAUUAAGAAAAGAAUAAAAAAAGUACAUUGUCAUAAUAAUUUUUUAGAGCAUUUAUAUAAACCAAUAGAAAGAAAUAUCGGUCAUUAUAAAAAUAAAUAUUUUACUACUAUGAAUAGAGAUUAUUUGAUGAAGAGGAAAUUAAAGGAACAUCGAGUUAGAAUAAGAAAGAAAUAUAUAGAGGAUAUUGAACCGAAUGUUAAAAAGAAAGAAACACCAUUAUAUGGAAAUGAACACAUAAAUCAAAAAAGAGAUGUACAUAUAAAUCAAAAAAGAGAUGUACAUAUAAAUCAAAAAAGUGAUGUACAUAUAAAUCAAAAAAGUGAUGUACAUAUAAAUCAAAAAAUAUGUGAACAUAUAAAUAAUUCUACUAAUCAUAUUAACAAUCUUGGUGUGAUUCCUCAACAGUUGGAAGAUGCAAGAAAACCCAAUGAUGAUUCUUUUUUAGAUAUAGGAGAUGCUGAAAGGUGUGAUAUGAUAUCGAGAGAUAAAGAGGAUGAUGAUAAUAAUAAUAAGGAUGUCAUAAAAAUAAAUACAACUCACUUAAAUAUUGAUGUAAAAAAGAAUUAUAUUAUGAAUAGCAAAACUGAAAUAAUGUUUAGAGUAAAUUGUGAGAAAUAUAGCAAAAGAAGUAAUAGCAAUGAUGUUAUAAAAGAUGUGAAUAUAAAGAAUGGUUUAACUGACAUUAUAUAUGUAGAUGAUAAAGACAGAAUAGGAGAUGAUGUAGAGAAUGUAAAUAAUAUUAAUAAAGAUUUUAAAGAAAAGUAUAAAAUAAUUAUGGAUGUUCUGAAAUUAUUGGAUGUUUCUAAAGAUAAUAAUAAAGAUAAGAAUGUUAAUUAUAAUGAAUAUAGAAAUGAGAAAAUUUCUGGUGACAUAUAUAAUAAAGAUAAUUAUAAUUAUAAUUAUAAUCCGAUAUUAAAUAGAGAAAAUAGGUUUAUCGAAUAUUUAGAAAAUUGUGAUGAUAUAAAAAACAAUUACGAUAUGAUUACAUUAAUAAAAGAUAAUUCAUCUAAUUUUGUUUAUAAAUGUUAUGAUAAGAAGAUGAAUAGAUAUGUAGCUAUAAAAUGUGUAAAUAAAGAAAAGCAAUUAUCUAUUAUGAGUUAUAAUACAUAUGUUAAUAUAUAUAAAAUAAUACAAAGAAUUAAUAAUGAAAAUGUUGUAAAAAUAUAUGAUUUAUUAGAAAAUAAAUUACAUUUCUUUAUUGUUAUGGAAUUAUGUGAGGGUAUAGAUUUAGUAGAUUAUGUAUCUAAAGAAAAUAUUUCUUAUGAGAAAACAAAAAGUAUUAUAUGUCAACUAUUGAAUGGAAUAUAUGCUUUACAUUCUAAUUAUGUUAUUCAUCGUGAUAUCAAAUUAGAUAAUUUAAUGUUUAAGGAUAAAAAUUUAGAAACAUUAGUGAUUGUCGAUUUUGACAUGAGUGUUUAUAUUUAUAACGAUUCUGAAAUGAAUGCAAUCUAUCAUACAUGUGGAACACAAAAUAUUAAUACAAUGUAUCCAAUGAAUGUAACAGAAAAUAUUCAUGAAAUAAAUGAACUUUAUGAUAUUCGAGAUAAACAUAUGAACAUGUUAAGAAGUAUGACGAAAGAGCAAUUUUAUGAGGAAAAAUUUAUAAAUAUGAAUACAGUGCAAUUAAAAGGAUUGCAUGAUAAUAUUAGAGAUGAUCAUGAUUAUUAUAUAAUGAAUAAGCAACAACAACAACAUAAUAAUAAUAAUAAUAAUAAUAAUAAUAUUGUAUGUGAAAAGAUGGGUGGUCAAAAUUAUCAGGCUAUGAUAAGCAAAAAAUAUGAAUAUUCUCAAUAUCCAAAAGACACAAAAGAUACAAAAGAUACAAAUUUCGAAAAAGAUAAUUUAAUUACAAAUAAUUUAUAUUCAAAUAAGACAAAUAAAAACAGAAUUGAUAAAAAUUAUGAUGAUAAGAAAAAUAUGAUGAAGAUGUUACCAUUUACAGAAAAUUAUAUGAAAGGAAACAAAAAUAAUAAGAAAACUACAUCAUUGAAUUAUAAGUAUAUAAAUUCAAUAGGAAGGAAUUUAUGUGCAUGGACAGGAAAUACUGAAAAGACUUUUAUUCAUGAUGGAGAGAAAGUUAUAUAUAAUGAUUUAAUAAUUGGAACUAAAGAAUAUAUGUCACCUUAUUGUUUAAAAGGUAUAUAUAGUAUAAGAACAGAUAUAUAUAGUAUAGGGGUAACUAUAUAUUUAAUUCUUUUUAAAAAUUUUCCAUAUUUAUUUGAUGAAAUGAGCAUAAGAAAAUGGGAACAUUUUGUUAUUAGCAAAAAUAAAAAUAUUGUUAUACCCUUCUCCUUCUUAUUUCAUAAUAUUAAUUGUUCUUAUUUUAUUAAAUUAAUAGAUAUACACUUAAUAAAUAAUAAUAUAUACUUUACUAAGAAUAGUUAUUUAUUAGAUAACAAAUUCAAAGAAUUAGAAAAAAUAGAAAAUAUUAAAUUUGAUUUUAACCAGUUCAGAAUUAAUGUCAACAAUAUUUAUUUGAUAGAAAUAUUAAAGAAGUCUUUAUCUCUCGAAAUAAAUGAGCAGUACGCUACCGUCUCAGAAAUUAUGGAGAAUAAAUUUUUUGCAUAG